GCCACAUUAGUUUCGAAUUUGUUGUGUUCUCCAUAUUCAGGAAUAACUGUUUCAGUAUUUCAAUCUUUUGCUUCUGAAUACAUUUUUCCUGAAAACUUUAACAUAGAUAUUAUUUGUUUAAUGGACAAUACCACCCAAUUUAUGGUUAAAUGUGUGUUAUAAGAUGCCACUCAGCUGUCAGUUAGCUACAAGCCACCAUUCCAGCUGAAAUGUAAGCAUAAUGAACUGACUAAAACUGUUAUGUGGAAAAAGGAUGGAGUUAUCAAGUUCGAAUGUGAACCACCUUACAUGGCCGGACAAUGUGUCGUUAAAGAUGAAACAUUAAAGGAAUUUAAUAUCGAUUCUCUUACAAGAACGUCAUCUUUAAUUGUCACGAGUGAUAAUAUCAAUGAAUGGAAAGAGAAAGGAACAGUAUGGAGUUGCUACCAUGACAAACAAUUUGAUUUUUAUAAUUUCACUAAUACAGUAAGACCUGAUAUCACAAAUGUACUAAUUAAUUCAAACGCGACAGUUGAUAAAAAGAUCAAAUUGACCUGCGAGGUGAACAGUUCUGUACCUUAUACUGUCACCAUUUCUAGUGAACGUCGUGGAGUCUUAUACACGAUCAACAACACCCAGAAUUCUGUUGAAUCAUCAUUUGAACUAACCACAGAAUGUAAUGAUAAUAUAGAUACAUUUACUUGUAUGGCUGAUAAUGGUAAGAGUUAUCCUGUCACAAGAAACUUCGAAAAUAUCAGUGUAAAAUGUGACGUUCGAAUUUUAAAUGCUGAAAUAGUGACGACAGUGAAUGCCAGACUGGGUAGUGAUGUAGUCUUAUCAGUUCCGUAUUCGGGAGAUAAAACGCCAUCUUCUGUAAUGUGGUAUAGACAGACUAAAGAUGGCCUACUAAUCACGUUGGAGAAUUACCGUAUAAAACAAUCAAACGCAUCUCACCACCAUUCAAAACAGUUGAUAAUAUACUCCAUACAACCUCAAGAUGCCGGUCAGUAUAGCGUUGAGUUAUCUUACGAAGAUGUGAAGAAACUUCAAGUUGUAUUUACUGUUAAUAUUGAGUCAGACGAUCAGGACCAGAGUGCACCAUUUGGUGGAUAUGUAGGUGUUGGUAUAGGCGCAGGUGGAACUCUGCUGUUAGAAAUUAUCAUCAUUGUCAUCGCCUGUAUUAUUCACAAAAAAAGAAACGAGGGAGAUGAUUAUCUUGAACCUGAUGUCUCCCAAAUGACACCACCGCCUUCAGCUCUACCACCGGCAUGUAACAGUACUAUAGGAAUUGAUGACGGAAUUGCUGAAUCUGAAUCCGGUUAUUACGAAAAUACUGCACGAUAUAAUUAAGCGCAUUAAAAACAAUUUGCAUGUACAAUAUAAAUUAUGUGUUAAA